UUCACUGUCCUUGCUUUUCAGAAUAGCUAAAGCUUGCGACUCUAACAAACCCAAUCCUUUUUUUUUUCUGCUCAAUCCAUAUUUCUCCUUCUUCGACGAUCUUCGAAUUUUGAUUUUGGGAGACAAAGACAUUGCAUCUGAUCCAACGAUCGGCUUCGUAUUUGGAUUGCUUGAAAUUUCUCGGGCAGUUACUUGUUGGAGUGGUUAGUCAUCGACCAACAUUCUCCCUUUAAGGAUUAAUCAGUCUGUGACAAUGACAAGGGUUACACGUGAUUUCGGGGAUUCGAUGCAGAAGAAUGCUGUUCCUCCAGUGUCAGCAGAUGUGAAAUUUGCUUCCAGUAGAUUCCCUAAUUAUAGAAUUGGGGCUAAUGAUCAGAUAUUUGAUGUAAAAGAUGACCCUAAAGUGCUGUCCAUGAAGGAAGUUGUUGCCCGUGAGACAGCACAGCUGCUGGAGCAGCAAAAGCGUUUGUCAGUUCGUGACCUUGCCAAUAAGUUUGAAAAGGGUUUGGCUGCAGCUGCUAAGCUGUCUGAAGAGGCGAAACUCAAAGAAGCAGCCUCCUUGGAAAAACAUGUUCUUCUAAAGAAGCUUCGAGAUGCGUUGGAAUCUCUAAAAGGACGUGUGACUGGCAGAAACAGGGAUGAUGUAGAGGAAGCCAUUGCCAUGGUUGAAGCUCUUGCUGUUCAGUUGACUCAGCGAGAAGGUGAAUUGUUCCAAGAAAAAGCAGAGGUGAAGAAAUUGGCUACUUUUCUGAAACAGGCUUCAGAGGAUGCUAAGAAACUUGUUGAUGAGGAAAGAGCUUUUGCACGCUCUGAGAUUGAGAGUGCAAAGGCCGCUGUACAGAGAGUGGAAGAAGCUUUGCAUGAACAUGAAAGAAUCUCUAGAGUCUCAGGAAAGCAGGACAUGGAAGAGUUAAUGAAGGAAGUUCAAGAAGCUAGGCGAAUCAAAAUGCUACAUCAGCCGAGCAAGGUAAUGGACAUGGAGCAUGAGCUUCGAGCAUUGAGGAAUCAACUUGCAGAGAAAUCUAGAUAUUCUCUUGAACUACAAAAGAUGCUUGCAGUGUGCAAACAGAGCGAGGAAAAGAUAUCCCUUUUAUAUGAAAUAGAUGGUUCCGAAGCAUUAGGUUCUUGUUUGCGGAUCAAACCUUGCUCCGAUGAUGCCCCGGACAUUUCCAAGUGUUCAAUCCAAUGGUACCGUUCAUCUUCUGAUGGCAGCAAGGAGCCUAUAUCAGGUGCUACAAAACCGGCUUAUGCUCCCGAGCCUAUUGAUGUUGGGAGAGUCUUGCUUGCUGAAAUAUUUUACGAUGGCCAUUCCCUUACAUUAUCUACUGUUGGGAAGAUUGACCCAGCUGCUGGGUUGGGAAGCUAUGUGGAGGCGUUGGUACGGAAACAUGAUGUUGAUUUCAAUGUAGUAGUCACUCAAAUGAGCGGGGAAGACCAUCCAUCAGAAUCACUCCACGUGUUUCACGUGGGUAAGAUGAGGAUAAAGCUUUGCAAGGGGAACACGGUAAUCGCGAAAGAAUACUACUCUAGUGCAAUGCAGCUGUGCGGAGUUAGAGGAGGUGGAAAUGCUGCAGCACAGGCAUUGUAUUGGCAAGCGAAGAAAGGGGUUUCCUUUGUGAUAGCUUUCGAGUCUGAGCGAGAAAGAAACGCUGCCGUCAUGCUUGCACGGAGGUUUGCCUUUGACUGCAACGUCACACUGGCCGGCCCAGACGACAGGCCUCCCUUGGAAAACUAAUGAACCAACCCAGAGGCAGCAGACUAAUUGUAAUUAAAUCUUACUUGAAUGUAUUCUUCUUGUCUCCGAGUCCCUUAGUUCCCAGCGUUUGGCAUUUGUUUGAUCACGAGUGUGUUUCCUUUUGGUGGGUUCCAUCAGGCUUUUUCAGUGGUAUUAUCUCACUGGAUCCGCCUCUCCCUUCUUAGUGUUCUCAAAUGUGUGUAAGAACCAUUUCCCCUCACGUCAAUGUGGUGACGGUUGAAAGGUGAUUGAGCUCAAAAGCUUUUGCUUGGUGAGGGCCGAGGGGUCUUUUGAAUGAUGUUGUUCUAUAACUGCUGGCAUUUGUAAUGUUAUUGUUAGUUCUAUUCUCUUAG